CUUGUCUUUUUUAUUCUGCUCCAUCUUCUACGCUACUCAACGGAUUAUAUUCACAGCCAUGAAGUUCACUACGCUCAUUCCUGCUAUUGCUGUAGCCGCCAGUGUCCUCUCUUCCUCUGCCUCUGCUGCCCCCCCACAGUACACUCUUUGUAGCUCUACCAACAGCUCUCUGAAUAUCACGGAAGUGACCUAUGAGCCUGAUUCUCCCGUACCAGGUGAAGAAUUCUGUGCUACCGUCAAAGGCAAUCUCACACGCCCUAUCAACAAUGGGUCUACUCUGUUAGUCAAUGGAACGUUUCUCGGCAUUGAGUUUUCCAAUGCUAAUUCUCCAAUGGAUCUUUGUCAGGGCCUCUCGUAUUUCAAUAUUACUUGCCCGGUCCCAGCACAAGAGUUUUCUACGGAAGAAUGUAAAGACAUUCCAUCGGAUUGGAGGCCCAGCAACAUCACACUCGGCACAAUCAAAAUGCAUGCCAAGAACGCUGAUGGCACCGAUAUCAUCUGCAUCGAGGCUCCUAUCCAGCACCCUGGACAUAUGGAUGAUAGCAUGAAAAAUGCCCAGUUAAACUUAAACAGCUUGAGAUUUUUGUUCUAAGAAUUAGAAAGACUAUUAUAAAAAAAAUAAAAAUAAAAAAAAAGCCACAGGC